AUGGCGCCGCCGAGAAGAAAAGCCGCAAUCGCGAAGGUUCCAGUCUCGAAAGAAGCAAAACUGACAGAGGAUAACAAGAAGUUGAAAGAGGAGAUAAAGAAGCAGAAGGCGAACAUUGUCUCGCUGCGACAGAAGGCGUUGCAAGCGGGCGCCGAGCGUGAACGUCAGAUCCAGGCGCUCAAGCGGGAACACGCGCGCGAAAGGAACCGCUUCCACACGGAUCUGGUCGAGAUGCAGCGGGUGAUGGACACGCACACGCAGGAAUGGCGCUCGAAACAGGAGAUGGAGCUGCGGUGGAACGCCGAGCGACAGGGCUAUCAGCGCGAGAAACAGACGUUCAAGGCGAAGAUUUCCGUCCUCGAACGGACACUCAAGAACAAGGUUUCGUUUUUUUUAUGCACCCCUCUUCGCAUUUUCAAAUCAGUUUUCCUAGCGGGUCGAAACGAAUAAAUGAAUAAUUAUUGUCAUUAAGGUGGCCGAGGAGGUCGACAAAAAGUACAAGAAUCAGAUGGCCGCCUCCCGCGAACAGCUCCAAUUCUACCGCGGAAAAGUGCUGGAACUCGCGAAGCAGUUGCAGAUCGAGACGGAACAGGGCGACGACGAGGAGGCCGACCCGGCGAUCAUGCCGUGGAGAAAGUGCGAGAAGUGUGAGGCGGUCUUCGAGGAACAGGGAAAGAGAGUCCCGCGUGUGUUGGGUAAGGGCUCUUUUCUUUCUUUUCUCGUUUUCAAGAGAACUACAAACCAAACUAAUCAUCCCCACGUGAAACUUUCGCGCAAACUGUUUUUUGCAGCCUGUGGCCACACGCUGUGCGACGGUUGCGUUUCGAGCGUCAAGAAAGCCAAAAAGAUCACGUGCCCGUUCGAUCACACGGAGCACCCGGUCACGGAGCUGCCCGUCAACAAACUGGUCCUUCACAUGUGA